AUGUCGCAUGAAGCUUGGCACGCUUUCCUCAUAAUCCCAUCGACGAACUGCAUGCAACAAUUGACAGGCAGGCUUACGGAUCCCCGGGAUGAAAGCCCCGUUUCCAAGUCUUUACUCUUUAACUGCCACGAAAUUGGAACAAUUCCUGGAAUUACGAAUUAUUUUGAGGUGAAGAAAGACUUCUACGAGGACGUGGACGCCCUCCUACCGAUUGCGCCGAAGACGGGCAAGCUGCUUGUCCUUGGCGACUUGAAUGCGACCGUUGGGACGGACCAGGCUGUCUUCUAG